UCGAAGGCCCCGUAGACCCCGUUUGCGCCCGCGAGCAGAGAGCCGCAGCGUCCCACCCGGGUGGUGGCAGAGGGGCACGGUCCGGAGCGCGUGCCCUUCUGGAGAGCUCGCGCUCGGGCGGAGGUCCGUGAGGACCCGAGAGCGGCCGAGCCCUCACGUUUGAACAGCCCCGUUGUCGGCUGGCUUGGUGACGGGGGCCCCUUCCCGUGCCACAGCACCGCCGCUGCCACCGUGUCUCGGGCAGGAACAUUGCUAGGGACGCUCAGCACACCCGCUUUCCCGAGUUCCUGAAGGGGACGCUGGCAGCCUCCUGCGGGACAAGCGCGCGCUCACCGGCUUUGCGGAGCGCGGGCCUUUAGCGUGUGGGUGUGGCCGAGCUGCCUCCUCCCCGCCCCCCGAAAAGAUGGCUUAAGUCGGUAGUGCACCGGAUGAGUAAGGGAUCAAACGUUUAGUUGUAGUCUCAAAGGGUUUCCUUGGGUCGAUGUUUAUUUAUUUUGACCUGUCCUUUGGUUAAAAAAAAAAAAAAAAAGGUCAAAGGUGCUUUUCAAAUAACGUCUUGCAGUGGCAUACUGUGUUUUUAUUAGAAGUUGGCCCCAUGUAACCUGGAAGGGUAUCAGGGAUUGUCACAGCCGUCCGCUCUCUGGACCCAUGAAAGGCAUUCUUAUGGUGGUAUCUCGAAGUUGGACUCUUUUAAGCACCUGUUUCCUAUUUGGUGGCUGUUUGGUAGCUCAGGACCCAGUUUAAUACCCAUAUUGAGUAAAGUGAAAGACUGGCGACUCUGCAAUUUCACCCUUACGAAAGAGGCAAGACUUUCUCCCUACCGGCAAGCUUCCUAACGUUUCAGAGUGAACACACAGACCUCAGGGCUGACAAACUCCGCACCCAUGAGAAUUGUAGAUCUAGGUGUGUCCAUCUUGCAGCCAGUGGCCCGGGGAUAGCUAUGAAUGCAAUGUUUGUGGAUAAUAUGACCCAAUGUCAAAAGGUGGGACGCCGCCGAGUAGAUUAUCUGAUACUAAGAUACCGCUUAAAAGUCAGCAGUGGCCCAAACCUUUAAUCCCAGCACCAAGGAGGCAGCAGCAGCUGAAUAUCCGCGAGUUCCAGGCAAGCUUAGUCAACAGAGUUCCAGAUCAGCUGAGUUUAAAGAAAAAAAAGUGAGCAAGUUGAAAUUAAAGAGAUCCUGCCAAAAUGAUUUCUUCAAAGCCCAGACUUGUUGUACCCUAUGGCCUCAAGACUCUGCUUGAGGGAGUCAGCAGAGCCAUUCUCAAAACCAACCCAACAAACAUCACCCAGUUCGCAGCAGUUUAUUUUAAAGAGCUCAUUGUGUUUAGAGAAGGGAAUUCGUCUCUGGAUAUAAAAGAUCUGAUUAAACAGUUUCAUCAGAUGAAAGUAGAGAAAUGGGCAGAAGGAGUGACGAUGGAGAAGAAAGAUUGUGUCAAAGAACGGGGAAAAACACCUCCAGUUCCCUGCGAACCUACACGGAUGGAAAAAUCCACAGAUACAGAGGAAGACAAUGUUGCUGGACCACUAUUUAGCAACAAAACCACCCAGUUUCCAUCAGUUCAUGCUGAAGUUAUGUCUGAUGAGACAAGUGAAGGAGUUUGGGGUCCUUCUUCCAAACCAACCACGCCUAAGACCACCACACCCCCCUCCUCACCGCCUCCAGCACCUGUCUCUGCAGAGUAUGCCUAUGUCCCGGCUGACCCAGCUCAGUUUGCCGCGCAGAUGUUAGGUAAUGUUCCAUCUACUCAUUCUGAAGUUUUAAUGGUGGACGUGGCAACAAGUAUGACUACUGUUAACCGGGAUGUACUGAGUGCAGAGUUUGCUGAAGAAAUCGUGGUGUCUGCCCCUGUGGUGUGUUCUGGAGAGCUGUUAAAAGUGCAGGUUCUGAGCCAAACAUCUGCGCAGGUAGUUGUGAGUACUAAUCCUAAGGCUGAACCACCAAAGGCUUCCUCAGCCCCCUUGCAGGGUGAACAAGAACCUCCUGCUUAUGAAGCUCCUGACACUCAGGUUACAUCAACCUGUCGCAUAUCAUCCAUAUAUAACGAUAUGCCUGUUAAUGAAGGAGUUGUCUAUGUUGAGCAGAUACCGGGAUACAUAUUUAUCCCUUUUCCUGACCACGUUGCUUGUCUUAAUGAAAUUGAGCAGUCACCACCACUUAAUCCCAAACCUGUAAAACACAAGACUUCCUCAGGCAUAUCUAUAGAGUCUCUGAAAGUUGUACAGGUGGAGAAUGCCCAACACGAGUCCUCAGUAAACAUGGAGGCAGAAGCUACCGUUCUGCUCUCUAACACUGCUUUAGCUGGUCAGCCCGAGGUGCCUGCAGAACCCCCGGAUGCAGAGGAAUUUAUGAGAAUAUCCUCUGAAAAUGCUAUGCACCUCGAGACGGAGAUCGUUACCGUAGGCCCUGAUGAUCCUGGCCAGGAGGCGUCAGGGGAGAACUCUGCACCCCAUUCACCUGGUGACCCUUUCCCUCCUGCGCCAGGAGGCUUUACUGAACCUGAAAUCCAACCAGAUGGGGAAGCUGCACCUGAACAGGUUUGAUGAAGCCAGAUGCUGAAGAUGAUGCUGUUUGAUUCAGCAUUCGAGGUGGAGUCUGUCACCACGUGAACUGUAUCAAUAAACUUCCUGCAAGCAUAAAA